GUACUAUGUAAUAUGUGGCGAUACGGAUAUGUAUUAUUUUUCUUUGACAGUGACAUAUUUAGAACUUUUCAGUUGUUAAAGGGGAUAGGUGUAAUUUCGAUUUUGACCACGCUAGAUACGCCUGUGCAAUUUUCUAGUUUCGUUUUCAAUUUUUUGAAAAUCAUGUUUUUAGAAUAAACUAUCAAGUAUGAUUUAUUGAAAAUAGGAAAUGUUACACCGCAAAAUCACAAAUCGGGACUAUUCGGAAAGUUAUUAAAAAUGGAAACGAUCAAUUUGUAGCUUUACUCGUUUUGAAAUAAAAUUUAAUGGAGAUAGAAUUAGUCUAGGAAGAAUGGCAAUAAAUGGUGUGUGUCAAAGAACAAAUGCAAUGGAACAGGAGCAGACAAUCGCAUCGUAUAACAUUUCUUACAUACAGCAAUUCUUAACGAAGUCAAGAUCUUACUGCCCUCUCACCACUCACCAGUUCCUUCUAAAUUGCUGGAUAUCCUUGUUGAUUAGCACUUGAAAUCAAAUUAUUGUCUGCUGUAUACGCUUGAUGGCGACUUCAAAUAAGAAAUCGGAAAAAAAGGAAGUAGCAUUAGAUAUAUUUUGUGACCCAUGUAAGACUGGGGAUGAACAUAAAUUAUCUACUGCCGUAAGUUUCUGCCGAUACUGCAAUGAAUAUUUGUGUCAGAAUUGCCACACUGUUCAUAAACAAUUAAAAGCAACAAAAACUCAUUUGGUUAAGCUACAGAAUGAAAUGCCUUUAGAACGUAUGUCAAACACAACAGACACAGAUCCGCCAGAAAAAUGCCUAGCUCACGGGGAUCAAGUGAUUGAUAAUUAUUGCGUAACACACGAAGAGCUUUGCUGUCCGCAAUGCUUAGCUACAAAUCAUAAGACCUGUGAAGAUGUUCGAAAUAUUAAAGAUUAUCUAUAUACUUUCGACUUUCAACAAGAGGAAAACGAAAUAGAAUGUAAAAUGCGACAACUAGCCGACGAAGUGGAUAAAAUAAUGUACCGUGUCAAUUCAAGCCUAAAAACCGUUGACUAUUACUAUAGUAAAGCUCAAUCUGAAAUGUUAAAUGUGAAACAUUCUGCCAUUGAUCAUAUAGAAAGUAUAUAUAAAGAACUUAGUAAAGAAGUAAACAGAAUGAGAGAAGGAGAUUUAGAAAGAAUCAUGCAGUAUAAAAACAAAUGCGAUGCUAUAACAUUUGACAUGAGAACAAUAGGUGCUUACUUAAGCGGAAAGAAGAAAUCCAGUGGAGACCAAUUAUUCUUUGCAAUGAAAAAUAUUGAUGUGAAGAUUAAGUCAAAUUUACGGGAUUUGACGAAAGUAAAAUGCAUUGAACAUUAUAAUAUUACUAGAUAUCAUUUUGAGCCGGAUGGUGAAUUAGAUAACAUGAAGUCUAAACUAAGUAGUUUUGGGUCAAUACAAUCAGAUUCUAAUGUAAUAAAAUCAGCUGCAAAAGUAAGAAGUUUGCACGUCAAAGACGACGACGAUGAGGAAAACUGCUGCAUAACAGGAAUUGCAUUAUUAGCGAAAACACGUAUUGUUUUGGUUGAUAAUAACAAUUUGAAAUUGAAACUAUUUCAUAUGGAAGAAGAUAAGUUAGUGUCAAAAAUAGAAUAUGAAUCAGCACCAUGGGAUGUUACAUGUGUUUCCAACAGUCGAAUAGCUGUUACAUUCCCAGACCAGAAAAUAGUUGAAUUACUAUCAAUCGACGGUACUUCAAAAUUAACUAGAGAACAAGACAAUUGUCGUAUAACAUGCUCAGGCAAAUGCUAUGGGAUUACCAGUUCUAAUGAUACAGUCAUUGUUACUGUCAAGACAGAUGAUGAGACAAGAAAAGUUGAGCGGUAUAAGUUAGAUGGUUCAUUACUGUUAUCGGUUGGUGUCGAUGUCGAAAAUCCGCAAUAUAUUGUCUGUUAUGAGGAUGAAGCAAGGACAUAUAUUUCGGAUAACACUGGAAAUAAACGUAUUGUAGAAUUAUCAAGUGAUAACUUCACAACGCUUGAUAAAUUAGGUUCAUGUCGAGAUGAAGUAACAGGCAUGGCGAUAGACAAAGCAGGUAUUUUGUACUAUUGUGAUUCAUACUACCAUGAAAUAGAUUUAGUCAAUUUAAACAAAGAGCAAGCUGAAGAAAGAAAACGACAUAACCUAAUCUCGGACAAAGAACCUAACCCAAAGUGCUUAGCAUUUUGUAAUAAUACCAAACAACUAUUUGUUGGUUUGGAUGGAAAUGAAAUAAAGAUAUACUCUGUGUUUUAAAUUUUUUAAAUAAACUAGUAUUUCCCCUGUUGUUCAUAUUGUUCAUUCAUGAUGGGUAAUAAUUUUUUUGAUAGACAUUCAGGUGUAUUUUCAUACACAUAUGUCUUAUGUAUAAUAAGGUGAACUUUGCUCAUUGACACAUAGUGCUAAAUCACUGUUAGAUAGAUGGUCUGGGUUUCAGUUAUUUAUUGAAUGAUUUAUCCGAAGGUAAACCUGUAACUGACCUCCAAGUUAGUUAUGUAUUUUUCAAUUUAGUUUUAUCAUAUUUUAGUGUAUAUAUAUACAUGUUAUAUUGUUAAUUUAUAUUGUUAAUUUUUAUAUUGAAGGCUAUUGUAUGUUUAUGUCAAAAAUUCACUAAUAAGAUUUCGAUGAUCUGCUCAUUAAUUUGCUUUUGAAGAAGGACAUUUAUUGUACAUAGAUAGGACUAAUUGGACAUGAUAAAUAUAUAAAUAUUAUUUUUGUACUUGUCUGUCCAUUGCAUGUAUUACUACAAGUGAAUGUCUCCCAAAAUUUUAUUGCCCUCGGCCAACUAUUUUUACUUUCAGCCAAUCCAGCUUGAUAUGUCAACUCUUUAAAUAUGUUUUCUUAGCUAAUGACUAUGUUACGGCACAUAUAUACACAAUAAACGUACAAGUGUGGGAAUUCUUACAGUAGAAGCAUAAUGUCAACAACUUUUGAAAUGAAAGUUUUUUGUUAAUGUGCGCAAAAAUAUCCUUUCUUCAAAUACUUUGUUUUAGAUUUUUUUUCACAUAAUAUGCAUAUUUCUGCUUUAAAUACUCUAGAAGGAUAAGAUUUAUCCCUCUUAUAUAGUUGAUCUAUGCCAUAUUAUUGUUUUUCCCCUUAUUUAAUGUAUUUGUCUAGCAAAAGAAACAUUUAACAUGUGUAUGUACAUAUAAACAAUUUUUGAAUAUGA